AUGCAGCUUCUUUCUAUCUUUAGCGCUUUGGCCCUACCACCUGCAGUUAUCUCGUCCCCAAAGACAGGAUCCAGUCUUGCUGCCUGCGAUGAUGAGCGAGGAAACUACGUUAUUUCUGGUCUCGGGGCUCGUAAGCAACAGGUCAUUGGUGCAGGUGGCAACACCCACAACCUUGCUAUUGCGAUGUUGGAGACAGACAUCAUGACUACCGAUUACACAUACGGUAACGGAAAGACUGGUGAUGCACCAACUUUGGAAUGUUCAAGCAAAAUCCGUACAUGUUGCACACCUCUGCGUCUGAGUUCUUGGGGGUUCUUGGGCAAGAGUGCCAGCCGGUUUCCGAAGGCGCGAUUCUCAAGUUAG